AAAGCCUGAAGAGAUUUAUCUCCUUUUAACUCCCCCAAAAGAUUUCCUGACCCCAAAUCUCCAUCUGCUGCAGCUUCUGCAUACACACACUGCCAAGUCUCCAUGUCCGGCGCCACCUGAGUCCUGAGCCUGCUAUCUCCGUCUCUCUCUCCCUCCCCUCCGUUUCCUUGGCCUUUUUAUUCACCGCAGCCGCAGCACCCGUGCACUACCACACAAACAGACACAGAGGUGACCUACACUUUUGGGAGAAGCUGGGCGGUUUCGUUCUCCUUCCUGCCGCUGGCCGGCCGGCUGGUGGCAAGCUCGAUCGGUAGCUAGGAGUCAGAUGGAAGGCACGAUGAAGCACAGCAACGUUGUGACGGAGAGGAGCUCUGUGACCAAGCCCCGUGAACAGGAGGUGUCCGCUUGGCAUGAUGAGGCUGGAGAGCGUCUGGUUUGGACGCCGAGAGCAGCAGUUCAGCUGAUGCUUCAUGCCUAGCAUCAGCACGGCGUUAUCCUAAUUGAGCUUUUCAGCCACCAUCUUUAUCCUUCCUCAUAUUCUCCAUAUCGUGAUGCUUGUGGUUUCGCAAGAUCAGGUCUUCUUGACCUUGCAAGACCUUUUCUUGACCUUGUAAGACCCAACUCUACGAUACAUCUUUUCUUUGACCUAAUCUUCUCUACCUCACACCUUUCUAUCUGUUCUUACUUCUGUUCUAUGUCUAUCCCUUCUGAGCUGUGUUGAGCUACUUUGAUAAAGCUAGGUACUAUAGAUUAAGUGUUUUAGGAGGUGUUUCUCACAUGUGUAAUGUUGUGAGCUUGCCGUGUGGGAAAAAAAAAAUCCAUUUUGAUGGUAGCUAUAUAGAGUGAGGCAUGAGACAAACAAAAGUAUGUUCCUGUUGCGCCAUGAGCACAUGAUGCUCGGCCAUGUGAAGUAGGCGCCUACAUGCAAGCUAAGCUAGCUAGCUCCGUAUGUAUCGCCUCGAUGGAAUAAGCUGCUGCUCGAAACAUUUUGGAUCGUCCAA